AUGGUCAAAGCAAUGGUUGAUCGAGAGGAGUAUAUUAGAGAAAAGACUUAUGCUAACCUAAAUCCACGACCCCCAGGUAUGUUAGAGUUUAAAAAGGCAAAAGAAAUUACAAUAGAAGGGAUAGAAUAUUAUUGUGUUGUCAUAGAGUUUUUUAAUGGUAGAACACUUGAAGAUCGUAUUUUAGAAGGGUUUGAUUUAAAUUUUGUAAAAACAAUAAUAAAUCAAAUUAUUGAUUUAUUAAUGGUAUUCAAAGAAAGAAAAAUUAUACAUUGCGAUAUAAAUCCCAGAAAUAUUUUAGUAAAUGACCAGAAUGAAAUGAAAUUAAUUGAUUUUGGAUGUGUUCGUGGUUUCAAUGAAAUUAAUGAUCAAACUCUUAUAAAUGGUAGAACUAUAACUAUUAGACGAGAUAUAGAAGAUUUAGGGAUUUUAUUUCAAAAUUCUAUCAUAGAUCGUGAAGAUUUGAAUGUUUUUAGUGAAUUUCCUUCGAGAUGUUUGGAUAGUAAUAUAACAUUAUAUGGCUUAGAAAAUUUCCUUGUAAAUAGAAAACUUAGAGUUGAAGUAUUAAGCAAACCUGACCAUGUUACCUCACACCCACACCCACACCCACACCCACAAACACAAACACAAACACAAACACAAACACAAACACAUACACAAAUACAAACACAUACACAUACACAAACACAUACACAAAUACAAACACAAACACACCCACAGCUACCACCACACCCAGACACACCCAUAGUUUCUAAUAGAAAGAGAAAUAUUUUUAUCUCUACUGUAUCUUUAAUUUUGCUUUUAAUUUGUUUUUAUAUUUUCAUUGGUAGAAUAAAUAUUCCAAAAUCUGAACCACCAUAUGUUAAUAUAAAAAAAGUAUUUGUAAUGGAGCCAUUAGAAGCCAAAAUUGUUGAUAGUAAACAUUAUAUCACAAUACCAAAAGAUUUUUACAAAAGUAAAAAUAUAGAUGGAGAACUAGCUGAUAUCUCUGGACAACAGAAAAUAGUAACAUUUUUCUCAAAAUUUUAUUCUAUCAGUGAUGGUUUUGCCUUUCUUUUUGGUGGGUAUAUUAGAGAUUCUAAAUGUCCAUGUUGUGGUCAUAGAAACCUUAGAGUCCAAUGGCAUGGGCCUUUAAAAAGGUUUGUUAAAUGUGAAUGCAACCAUAAAACAAAUAAUUUUUGUAAAUGUGGUAUUCAAGGCCCUUCAGAAACAUUCUUUGGGGGGAGCCAUGAUAGACAUUAUCAUCAUCACCAAGCAUAUCAAACAAAAUGUGAACAUGGGGUUGGAACUUAUUUAUAUUACGGUGACUUCUCAUGGACUUAUACUUGUGGUAACAAAACAGAAAAAUUAGAACAUAGCCCAGUAUUAUUAACUGAGUAA